GAUUUAAACCCAGGUAGCCUGCACUGUAGCUGGUAUCUGCUGUCCCCACUUCGCCUCCCUCCUGCUGCCCCCAAGACAUGCAGGGGCUGUGGGUGCUGCUGCUGCUGGGCCUGAGGCUGCAGCUCUCCCUGGGCAUCAUCCCAGUUGAGGAGGAGAACCCAGCCUUCUGGAACCGCCAGGCAGCUGACGCCCUGGAUGCUGCCAAGAAGCUGCAGCCCAUCCAGAGGGUCGCCAAGAACCUCAUCCUCUUCCUGGGCGACGGGAUGGGGGUACCCACAGUGACAGCCACCAGGAUCCUAAAGGGGCAGAAGAAUGGCAAACUGGGGCCUGAGACACCCUUGGCCAUGGACCACUUCCCAUACGUGGCUCUGUCCAAGACGUACAAUGCGGACAGACAGGUGCCAGACAGCGCAGGCACAGCCACAGCCUACCUGUGUGGGGUCAAGGCCAAUUACAAGACCAUUGGCUUGAGCGCAGCCGCCCGCUUUAACCAGUGCAACACGACCCACGGCAAUGAGGUUGUCUCAGUGAUGAACCGGGCCAAGAAGGCAGGGAAGUCAGUGGGAGUGGUGACCACCACACGGGUGCAGCACGCCUCACCAGCCGGUACCUACGCACACACAGUGAACCGCAACUGGUACUCAGAUGCUGACAUGCCUGCCUCGGCCCUCCAGGAGGGCUGCCAGGACAUGGCCACGCAGCUCAUCUCCAACAUGGACAUUGACGUGAUCCUGGGCGGAGGCCGAAAGUACAUGUUUCCCACGGGGACCCCAGACCCUGAGUACCCAAGUGAUGCCAGCCAGAAUGGAAUCAGGCUGGAUGGGAAGAACCUGGUACAGGAAUGGCUGGCGAAGCACCAGGGUGCCCGGUAUGUGUGGAACCGCACUGAGCUCAUGCAGGCUUCCCUGGACUUCUCUGUGACCCACCUCAUGGGCCUCUUUGAGCCCGGAGACACGAAAUAUGAGAUCAACCGAGACCCCACACGAGACCCCUCCCUGAUGGAGAUGACGGAGGCCGCCCUACGCCUGCUGAGCAGGAACCCCCUCGGCUUCUACCUCUUCGUGGAGGGCGGCCGCAUCGACCAUGGUCAUCAUGAGGGCAUAGCUUAUCAUGCGCUGACGGAGGCGGUCAUGUUUGAUGACACCAUUGAGAGGGCGGGCCAGCUCACCAACGAGGAGGACACGCUGACCCUCGUCACCGCUGACCACUCCCACGUCUUCUCCUUUGGUGGAUACACCUUGCGAGGGAGCUCUGUCUUCGGGCUGGCCCCCAGCAAGGCUCAGGACAGCAAAGCCUACACGUCCAUCCUGUAUGGCAAUGGCCCAGGCUAUGUGCUCAACUCAAGCGUGCGACCAGACGUGAAUGAGAGCGAGAGCGGGAGCCCCGAUUACAAGCAGCAGGCGGCGGUGCCCCUGUCGUCGGAGACCCACGGAGGCGAAGACGUGGCGGUGUUCGCGCGCGGCCCGCAGGCGCACCUGGUGCACGGUGUGCAGGAGCAGACCUUCGUAGCGCACGUCAUGGCCUUCGCCGCCUGCCUGGAGCCCUACACGGCCUGCGACCUGGCGCCCGUCACCCCUCCCGCCGGCACCACCAACGCCGCCCACCUGGCUCCCCAGUCGCUGCCUCUGCUGGCCGGGACCCUGCUGCUGCUGCUGGGGACGGCCGCUGCUCCCUGAACGCCCCACCCCGGAAUUCUCCUGCUCCCCACCUCCAGGGGUCGUGCCCUGGUCCCUGUCCCGAGCUGCCACUCCCACAGAACACACACAGGUGUCCUGCCGCCGGACCUUCACCUCCUAGAGAUAAACCAGCCUCAGCUGGUGUGGCGCUGCCCUUCUUCGCUCCGUAUCCCCUCCAGGGUGAAGCACAGGGAGCCGGGGAGCUGAGCCUGGAAUUUGCAGGACCAACCUCCCCCCCACCCCGCCCCCAGCUGCUCUCUGAUUCUUCCUCCCAACCCCAGAGACUGCAGAUUUGUGCCAUGCGGCUGCCACCCAGCCCCCAGCCCGCCUCUAGCCUGAGGAGGACCAAGCAGGCAUGGAUCCAGAGAUGUCCUCCUACCCGGGACACGACACACUCAGACCGUGUGCCCCACCAUUCUUAGCUUCAGUUCUGGCAGCUAAGGACUUGAGUGCAUCAGGACACCUGGAGAAGAGCAGCUUCCCACCACCCUGCAAACCACCUUCUAACCCUGUAACCCACCCAAGGAGGCUCUGGGGUGGGGAUCCCCGGGGGGCCUUGACACAGUCCUCUGUUGUCUCCCCACUGGGAUCAUUCCACAACCCUGCACCUGACCAGGAGACCAAUGAGGCAGACGCUUGCCCCAAGUCGAGGCCACUCAGAUGUUCCCAGCCCCCCAUGCCGAUUCCAGUUAAGGAGAUCCAAGGAGCACUUGGGGAGCUCUGGGUGCAGGGCAGCAGCCCAGACCCAGAGCCUGUGGCCCCUCCCAGGACAUCUGAACUCUGGGCAUAGAUUUCUCAACAAGGAAGACUCCCCUGCCUCCUCAAGGCCUCCAUUCUCCUGGGAGACAAAGCAAUAAAUAAUAAAAGGAAGUGUUAGACAAUGCAAUGCCAGUACUACUUCCUAGGAAAAAAAUCAUGAGUGCCUGUGGGCACAGUGUCUGGAGGGGUGGAUAAUGCAGGCCAGGAGGGGCUGCUGAGGAGCAGACAGACGGUUGAGCAAGAGACCUGCACAGAGUGAGUGGGGGCUUGAGCAAGGCAGUGCCAAGGCCCUGGGGCAGUGCUGGCUGGUGCUCUGGGAGGCUGGUAGCUGGAUCAGAGUAGGUGAGUGGGUAGCUGGGUAGAAGAGGGGAAAGCCUGCUGGGUCAGGAGAGUGGGGGGCAUAGGGGACCGUGAAGUCUGGGUGGAGGGGUGUGGUUGGAGGUCUUCGAGGGGGCUGUGGCCCGCCCUGGUUGGGAAAUGAGCACUCUGGCUGCUGCCAGGAGAAGGGUCUGGUUUUUUGGGCAGAGGGUGUGGGUGGUAGAGGGUAGAGGGCAGAGGUGAGAGCUGGUGAAGGAGCAGACGCUGGUGUUUCUGAUCUCCCUCCAAAAGCAUUCUGGAGCACCCAUCCCGGUACACCCAUACUUAGUACCACACCUGCCCCAAGAGAACACUGAAAACAAUUAAAUAAAGGUGAAAUCAACCACAUAUUCCAGCAAAUUCUACAGUAUUACAAAUGUAUUUGUACAUUUACAGAGGUGUGAAAAAGCAUCUUGCUUUUGCAAGAAAUAGUGCCACGAUUCAAUAUGAUUUCUUAUUUACUAAAACCUUGAAAUAAAAUUGUGAAACAUCAGUUUGAA